AUGGCAGAGCUAGAGAACCCAAUAGUGAUGACAAAGGUCAUCACAUUCCUCUCUUCCUUGGUUCAAAGGGUGGCUGAAUCAAAUGACAUCAAUUGUGAAUUCCAACCCCAGAAAAUCUCAGUCUUCCAUGGCCAAACCAGGCCCCCCAUAGCAAUACAGGGCUAUUUAGAGAGAAUUUUCAAGUACGCCGAUUGUAGCCCAUCUUGCUUAAUUGUUGCAUAUGUUUAUCUGGAUCGGUUUUCUCAGAGGCAACCCGAUUUGCCUAUCAAUUCGUACAACGUUCACCGGUUGCUGAUUACUAGUGUUAUGGUGGCUGCAAAGUUCAUGGAUGACAUGUACUACAACAAUGCCUAUUAUGCAAAAGUUGGAGGCAUCAGCACAAUAGAGAUGAAUUUUCUUGAGGUGGAUUUCCUUUUUGGUUUGAACUUCAACUUAAAUGUGACCCCCUCGACCUUCACCACCUACUGUUCCUACCUCCAGAGAGAGAUGCUCUUAGUGCAGCCUCCUCUAGAUUCUGCAGAUUCUUCUCUUAGUUUAAUCAAAUCACUAAAGCUCCAGUUGUGCUUUGAUGAGGGUGAAACCUCCCAUCAGCAACAGCAGCUAGCUGUUUAAUUAAAAGCUCUUAAAAGUACUAUAUUUGGGCUGGCAAAAUGAACAUUAGAUAUUUUUGUGCGUUUUCUUUUCUUUUCUUUUUUGGGUUUUGUAAUUGAAGUUAUGUACAGAUGAGAUGAGUCUUGAAUUUCCAGUCUGGAGAAGCAAAGCAAUGCCUCUAAAUAGCUUGUUUGGUUUAUAGAUACUUGUUCUCAUCCAUAAAUGUUAGGGUUCUCUCUUGACUCUUAGGUUGCCAUGCAUGCAUGGCAAUUUGCCCAUACUUGGUCAGAAUUUCGAAGGAAUUUGAGUGGCGAGUAUAAAACCUUAUUUGAUGACAUGGGCAAAGCACUCUUUUAUUUUAUUGUAGUCAUAUUUUGGUGUUGCAAGUUGGUUUUGGUUGACAGUAAUUGAUCUUGAGCUGGGAACAACGAACAUGUGCAAUCAUGGGCCACUGAUCCGAUCCGAUAACCUGUUAAGUUAAGGA